AUGUCCACACCCCUCUCCCCGUUAACAUCUUCGCGCCAGAAUUCACGAGCCCUUUCUCUGGGGCUUGAUGAGCUGGGAACAGAGAAGGUUGAGAUGAACGAGGACCAGGAAACCCGAUACGAACCAGAAAACCUCGUGCAAAGUCCGAAGAGAUCGAUCGAGACAGCCAACACCGAUACCCCGAGUAGCCUGCGCUAUGAAGCUGUGCAAAAUUCACAAGGCCCCGCUCCAGAAACUGAGGAAGUAGAAUCUGUCCGAUACAUGCCCAGUUCGCCUUUCCAGUAUGAUGGGAGGGAUGAUACAGUGGACUUUCAAAUGCUUCGGAAUCGGCAGACCUCGAUGGGACAGACUGAGCAUUCCCUAACCCCGAAAAAGCGCUCCUUUGACGAUUGUCCUGAAGAUUUGGAUGCUACAGAUUAUUCGGACGAUCGAAGCAAGAAAGGAAUGAGCAGGAAAGAUACUCGUGACAUCCAUGUCUACGCUGACGACGAAGAUCAUAUUGGUGAAGAGAACCGGACGGAAGAGCAUGUACCGGAUGCCGUCGAUAAUACGAUAGAGGACGAUUACGACGAGGGCAUGAGCACUGUUUUUGACAAAUGUGAUGACUACAACGACGUUCUGGAAGACAAGGAGAACGUUGAAUCGAACACUGGAGAUGAUGUUAUGAAUGAUGACUCUCACGACUUUAUGGAUGAUACAUGCCUCAGCACUUUCUCCGCUGUUCCCAAUGCCGACAUGACAUCAUUUGCGCAACUUCGAGGGGAUUCCCCGUUCAAGGCCAUGCGGCCACUGUCCAGCAGCCCUGGAAAGUCGGAUGAGCUUCAGUUCCAAAGUCCUGGUCCAGGCACCCCUCAUUCAGCCAGGGAAACACAGAACGCGCUCAUUGAGAUCGGUACACCAAUCGCAUCCCGUUCUCCUAAGAGGUCGGAAGCCCAGGAUGGCGAAAAGCCCAGUGGCACACCAAAUCUGCUUGAUCUCACGGAUCAUGGCCCCUUCUUCCCACGUCAGCGUUAUAGCAUUCAGAAGGAGCGAUACUCCCCCUCGAGACGCUCACCCUUGCGGAAUCUACGGGAAACCAUUCGAAGCCCUUCAAAGGCCUCGUUACUCGAUUUUGACAUUCCUGCGAUUCCCACACCCAGGUCGAUCCCCACAGUUACACCCCGGGAAUUAGAGUCAUUGAAAUCUGGGUUUCUGUCCGAGAUCUCCUCGUUGAAAGCAACCCUGAGUGGAAAAGAGGCAGAGGUUGCCAGCCUAAAACAAGCCGUUGCCGAUGCUGAGCGACGGGUUGGGGAAGCCCUGGACGAAGUUCGGAACGAGGCGGCGCGAAAAGAGGCGCUGGAAAUUGAGCAAGCCGAAUGGGAGCGACGGGGUCAAGAAAUGGAGAAUGUUUUGCGGAGCGUCCGAGCCGACAUCGUGGAGGGUGAGCGAGAGAAAGAGCAACUAGCCAUGAAAGUCGAGGAAUCGGAGAAAGGCAGAGAACAGCUGGAAAGGCGCGUCUUGGAACUGGAGAGUCAGCUAUCAGCCGCGCGGGCUUCGACGUCUAAUGAGACCGGCGAGCCUGCGGGGGGUCAACGUGGGCCGACAGCCGAAGAGACCGCACGAGAAGUCCAGGAUGCGGUCGAAAAAGUUGCACGCGAACUUCACACCUUGUACAAAAGCAAACACGAGACCAAGGUUGCUGCUCUAAAGAAGAGUUACGAAGCGCGUUGGGAGAAGCGCGUGCGGGAAGCCGAGAAUAAAUGGAAGGCUGCCAGUGAAGAGAACGAGCGUCUGCAGAACGAGCGCGACGCUGCUUUGUCGGAGAGCCACCGCCCUGAUACCAGUAUGGUGGCCCACCAAAAUGACGAGCAUGAGGCGGAGAAGCGUGUUCUAGAGGCACAAAUUCAAGGUCUCCAGCAAGAGAUGACGGCACUUAAGCAAGACAGCGAGCAACUGCGAGCAGAGUUGAAGGUGGAAAGAGCAGAGAAGGGGGAGCUUGUGGCUGCGGUAGAUGAAUGGCUGGCGAUACAGCAGAAUCCACCCCGGUCACCAAGCGCUUCCCAUUCUCCUCCCAGACCUGAGGAGUAUGAGACUCCAGAGCCGCAGCCCGCUCCGACAGAGACGAAUGAAGAACUUAGACGAAGCGUGAAUCGCAGUGGUUCCAGUGGAAUCCGCCCACCCGGCACCGGGUCUGGGAAUGGGGGCGAGAAGAAGAUUUCCAAGAUUGGAGCACCGGCAACCCGACAUGCCAGGGGCAACAGCGGAGGAAAAUCCGGCAUUGCCGUGUUUACCCCAGGCCGUCCCACCGGCGGUAUCCUCGGCUCGAUUGAACGGAUGGGCCGUGGAGGCGUUUGA